CGGCGGGCGGCGGGUCACGUGGUGGGGCGGAGCCUGCGGCGCCGGCCGGAGCGCGUCUGGAGCGGGAUCCGGGAGAAGCUACGCUGACGCCGCGGCCCCGCGCCCGGCCGUCCCCGCCGCCGCCGCCAUGGGCAUUAAAUUUUUAGAAGUUAUCAAACCUUUCUGUGCAGUUCUACCAGAAAUUCAGAAACCUGAAAGGAAAAUCCAGUUUCGAGAGAAGGUCCUCUGGACUGCUAUCACUCUCUUCAUCUUCCUAGUAUGUUGUCAGAUACCACUGUUUGGAAUCAUGUCAUCGGAUUCUGCAGAUCCUUUCUACUGGAUGAGAGUCAUUCUUGCAUCCAACAGAGGCACUCUCAUGGAGCUGGGCAUCUCCCCGAUCGUCACAUCGGGGUUGAUUAUGCAGUUGUUAGCCGGAGCUAAAAUCAUUGAAGUUGGAGACACACCCAAAGAUCGAGCCCUGUUCAAUGGAGCCCAGAAACUGUUUGGUAUGAUCAUUACCAUUGGCCAAGCCAUUGUGUAUGUCAUGACGGGCAUGUACGGGGACCCCGCCGAGAUGGGUGCUGGCAUCUGCCUCCUCAUCAUCAUUCAGUUGUUUGUUGCUGGUUUGAUUGUGCUGCUGUUAGAUGAGCUGCUACAGAAGGGUUACGGCUUGGGGUCUGGGAUUUCCCUCUUUAUUGCCACCAACAUCUGUGAGACCAUUGUCUGGAAGGCCUUUAGUCCCACCACUAUUAACACUGGCAGAGGUACCGAGUUUGAGGGAGCGGUCAUUGCGCUGUUCCACCUGCUGGCCACCAGGACGGACAAAGUCCGGGCCUUGCGGGAGGCUUUCUACCGGCAGAACCUGCCCAACCUCAUGAACCUCAUCGCCACCGUGUUUGUGUUUGCAGUCGUCAUCUAUUUCCAGGGGUUCCGUGUUGACUUGCCCAUCAAGUCAGCCCGCUACCGAGGACAGUACAGCAGCUACCCCAUCAAGCUCUUCUACACCUCCAACAUCCCCAUUAUCCUGCAGUCCGCCCUUGUGUCCAACCUGUAUGUUAUUUCCCAGAUGCUGUCUGUUCGGUUCAGUGGCAACUUUUUAGUAAAUUUACUAGGACAGUGGGCCGAUGUGAGUGGCGGGGGCCCGGCUCGCUCUUACCCCGUGGGGGGUCUGUGUUACUACCUUUCCCCCCCGGAGUCCAUGGGGGCCAUCUUUGAGGACCCUGUCCACGUGGUCGUGUACAUCAUCUUCAUGCUGGGGUCCUGUGCGUUCUUCUCCAAGACAUGGAUUGAGGUGUCCGGCUCCUCAGCUAAAGAUGUGGCCAAGCAACUGAAGGAGCAGCAGAUGGUGAUGCGCGGCCACAGAGACACCUCCAUGGUCCACGAGCUGAACAGGUACAUCCCCACGGCGGCGGCCUUCGGCGGGCUGUGCAUCGGCGCCCUGUCGGUGCUGGCUGACUUCCUGGGCGCCAUCGGCUCCGGCACGGGGAUCCUGCUCGCAGUCACCAUUAUCUACCAAUACUUCGAGAUAUUUGUUAAGGAACAGGCAGAAGUUGGCGGGAUGGGCGCUUUGUUUUUCUGAAUGUUCCGGUAUCUCUUUGUGUGCGUGAAAGGGAAAAAAAUUUUGACACGUUUGUUUUUGUCAAACAAUGCUGGUUCCCCUUUCUCCCCGCGGUUUGUUUUGAAUUGCUGACUGGCCCUCUGCCGAGGCGGGCACCGAG